CCCCAGUCUGAGCCUGUGAUUGGCCCAGCACUAUCCCAGGUGCUGGAUGUGAUUGGAGAGAUCAGGGUCAACAGACUGACUGAGGAUCAGCUGAGAGAUAGUGUUGUCAUCAGGAAGUUGUUCUCUGGGCGUCUGAGACCGUUUCUGCCGUCUGCAUCAGAAGGUUUUCUGCACUGCCUCAGCACCAAGAACCUCAGCUGUGACUCUUACCAAGCUGUGGUGAAGGAGUUUGGAGCCCAGUUUGAUCACAUGACCCUAGAGCAGCAGCAGCUGGUUCUGAAGAAGCUGGUCAUCCCCUUCCUGUCUCGACCCACAACAGACUCUGGCUGUGUGUACAACUCUAACAGCAGUGUGGACUGGCUGCAGAAGAACUUGGGGCCAUUCUCAGUUCUUGUGUCCCUCAGGGACCUGCUAGAAUUCAACACAGACUUCUCUCCUUUGUCAGUCCUGGAGGUUCUCUCUCCAAAGCAGACAGCAGAGCUGGUGGUGUUGCCUCUUCCUGGUCUUCCAGGGAAAGCUGUCAUCAUCAACACAGUGUUUGACUACCUGUCUAUGUCACCAAAGGAGAGGAAACUCCCUGAGUUCCUGUACUACCUCGUCAGGCUCUCUGAAGAGAUGAUGCUACCAUGCGAUAGCUUUAAGACCAUCUUUGAGCGUCUGUACCAGGCCUUACCGUCUGUACCUCCAGAGAUGGAACCAGUCAUUCAGGCCAUUAUAGACAACCUGAUGCAGACCGCUCCAGCAGAUUGCUUGCCGAUGAAUAUGAAGUGUCCAAUAACACCAGCGAACGUUAGCAGAGUCUGUGAAGGAAAUGCCAGUGAUUCACUACAAAGUUAUUUGGCGACAUCAAAUACAGCGAACGUGCCCUGUAACUUUUCCCUGGAGGAGUAUGCCUGUGCAUCGCUGACAAACUUCACUGCAGAACACCUGGUGUCUCUUCUGAAAUGUAAACUGCCUGGCAACUCCUCUCACUCUAAAGAGACCUGGAAGGUUCUCCUCACCAAACUGACCUCUGUCUUAGACCAAGCUCUGGACAUGUUCUCCAAUAUGUCCAAACCUGUGAUUGGCCCUGCAGUAUCCCAGGCACUGGAUGUGAUUGGAGAGAUCCGGGUCAACAGGCUGACUGACGAUCAGUUGAGAGACAGUGAUGUCAUCAGGAAGUGGUUCUCUGGGCGUCUGAGACUGUUCCUGCCGUCUGCAUCAGGAGGGUUUCUGCACUGCCUCAGCACCAAGAACCUCAGCUGUGACACGUAUCAACAGAUACUGAGGGAGUUCAGCAAUCAAUUUGACCAAAUGGACCAGAAGAGACAAGAGCUGGUGGUCAAAUACUUCAUCCAGCCCUUCCUGACCAAAAACUCCUCAGACUCUGGCUGUGUGUCCAACUCUAACAGCAGUGUGGACUGGCUGCAGAAGAACUUGGGGCGGUUUUCAGUCCUGCUGUCCCUUAGCGACCUGUUGAAACUCAACACAGACUUCUCUCCGUUGUCAGCCCUGGAGGUUCUCUCUCCAAAGCAGACUGCAGAGCUGGUGGUGUUGCCUCUUCCUGGUCUUCCAGGGAAAGAUGUCAUCAUCAACACAGUGUUUGACUACCUGUCUAAGUCACCAAGGGAGAGGAAACUCCCUGAGUUCUUGUACCACCUCUCCAGGCUGUCUGUGGUGACUCCAGUCGGCUGCCCAGUUUACCAGACCAUUUUUGUGAGGCUGUACCAAGCCAUGUCAGCAUUGCCUCAAGAGAUGGAGCCAAUCAUCUGGGCCAGUGUUUAUGACCUCACAGAAUCUGCACCAAUGGAUUGUGCUCUGGUACCAGUUAACCAACAGUGUCCAGUGUCAUCGCACAAUGCAACAAGAAUCUGUGCCAGUGUUGACAGUUCAUCUCUACAACAGCUCUUGGACUCUGGGAUCUCAACGGGACGUCUAUGUGACUUCAGCAUCAAACAAUACGCCUGCUCACAGCUGAAAGACCUCACAGCUGAGAACCUGGUCACACUGCUGAAAUGUAAACUAUCAGAGAACAACACAUACUCCAAAGAGACCUGGAAGCUGUUCUUCACUAAAGCUUCUGCAGUUCUGGAUCAGGCUCUUGUACUUCUCUCCAACCAGUCUGAGCCUGUGAUUGGCCCUGCAGUAUCCCAGGCACUGGAUGUGAUUGGAGAGAUCAGGGUCAACAGACUGACUGAGGAUCAGCUGAGAGACAGUGUUGUCAUCAGGAAGUGGUUCUCUGGGCGUCUGAGACUGUUCCUGCCGUCUGCAUCAGGAGGGUUUCUGCACUGCCUCAGCACCAAGAACCUCAGCUGUGACACGUAUCAACAGAUACUGAGGGAGUUCAGCAAUCAAUUUGACCAAAUGGACCAGAAGAGACAAGAGCUGGUGGUCAAAUACUUCAUCCAGCCCUUCCUGACCAAAAACUCCUCAGACUCUGGCUGUGUGUCCAACUCUAACAGCAGUGUGGACUGGCUGCAGAAGAACUUGGGGCGGUUUUCAGUCCUGCUGUCCCUUAGCGACCUGUUGAAACUCAACACAGACUUCUCUCCGUUGUCAGCCCUGGAGGUUCUCUCUCCAAAGCAGACUGCAGAGCUGGUGGUGUUGCCUCUUCCUGGUCUUCCAGGGAAAGAUGUCAUCAUCAACACAGUGUUUGACUACCUGUCUAAGUCACCAAGGGAGAGGAAACUCCCUGAGUUCUUGUACCACCUCUCCAGGCUGUCUGUGGUGACUCCAGUCGGCUGCCCAGUUUACCAGACCAUUUUUGUGAGGCUGUACCAAGCCAUGUCAGCAUUGCCUCAAGAGAUGGAGCCAAUCAUCUGGGCCAGUGUUUAUGACCUCACAGAAUCUGCACCAAUGGAUUGUGCUCUGGUACCAGUUAACCAACAGUGUCCAGUGUCAUCGCACAAUGCAACAAGAAUCUGUGCCAGUGUUGACAGUUCAUCUCUACAACAGCUCUUGGACUCUGGGAUCUCAACGGGACGUCUAUGUGACUUCAGCAUCAAACAAUACGCCUGCUCACAGCUGAAAGACCUCACAGCUGAGAACCUGGUCACACUGCUGAAAUGUAAACUAUCAGAGAACAACACAUACUCCAAAGAGACCUGGAAGCUGUUCUUCACUAAAGCUUCUGCAGUUCUGGAUCAGGCUCUUGUACUUCUCUCCAACCAGUCUGAGCCUGUGAUUGGCCCUGCAGUAUCCCAGGCACUGGAUGUGAUUGGAGAGAUCAGGGUCAACAGACUGACUGAGGAUCAGCUGAGAGACAGUGUUGUCAUCAGGAAGUGGUUCUCUGGGCGUCUGAGACUGUUCCUGCCGUCUGCAUCAGGAGGGUUUCUGCACUGCCUCAGCACCAAGAACCUCAGCUGUGACACGUAUCAACAGAUACUGAGGGAGUUCAGCAAUCAAUUUGACCAAAUGGACCAGAAGAGACAAGAGCUGGUGGUAAAAUACUUCAUCCAGCCCUUCCUGACCAAAAACUCCUCAGACUCUGGCUGUGUGUCCAACUCUAACAGCAGUGUGGACUGGCUGCAGAAGAACUUGGGGCGGUUUUCAGUCCUGCUGUCCCUCAGCGACCUGUUGAAACUCAACACAGACUUCUCUCCGUUGUCAGCCCUGGAGGUUCUCUCUUCAAAGCAGACUGCAGAGCUGUUGGUGUUGCCUCUUCCUGGUCCUCCAGAGAAAGCUGUCAUCAUCAACACAGUAUUUGACUACCUGACUGAGUCACCAAGGGAGAGGAGACUCCCUGAGUUCCUGCAACAACUUGUCAGCCUGACCAAACAGGAAAAUAUCCCUUGUGCCUCCUACAAGAUCAUUUUCACCAGACUGGACGAGGCCGUACCCACUGUUACCAUGGAGAUAGAGUCAGCCCUCACCUCCAGCAAGACGGCUUUACUACAGACCGUCCCAUCAGGUUGCAUUGUAUACAGUGGAGAGUGCAAUGUCACCCCAGUUAAUGAGACAAAAGUUUGUGCUGGCGUCGACAGCACUGCUCUACAGGGUCACCUUGACAACGGGCAGAUCAGCGGAGUCCUCUGUGAUUUCAGCGUCGAUGUUUACGCUUGUGGCUCGCUGUCUGUGUUGACAUCAGAUAACUUGGUGAGCCUGUUGAAGUGUAAGCUGUCUGGAAACACCAGCCACUCAGCACAGAUCUGGAAACUGUUCUUCUCUAAGGUCUCAGUGGUUCUGGACUCAGCCCUGGAUCUCUUCUCCAACACCACACUAGACCCCAGCUCUCCAGCAGUGUCCCAGGCCCUGGAUGCUAUAAGAGAAGUAAGGCUGGACAGCUUCAGCCUGGCUAGUCUCAGAGAUCAGAAAAUCAUCAACCUCUGGUUCAACACCAGACUCCGUCCCUUCCUACCUGCCGUCUCCACUGACUUCCUGUCCUGCCUCAGCACCAAGAACUUCAGCUGCUCCACCUACCAGACCAUCGUUCAGAUCCUGAGCAGCCACCACUCAGCCAUGGACCAGUCCAGACAGAUAUCAGUCUACACUACCUUCAUAGAGGUCUUUCUCUCCAGGAACAACACAGCAGACCCCAGCUGUAGCUCUGACACCCUGAACAGUGAAGACUGGCUGCUGAAGAACUUCAGAGGAUUCUCUGCCUUCGCCUCCUUCAAGGACAUGCAGAGACUACUGACCACCUUCUCUGUGAUGGAGGCCCUGCCCCAGCUAACAGUGAGACAGUUAGCAGAGGUGUCCUCUAGUCCAGACCAGCUCAGCUCUGCUGCAGACGUCACCAUGCUGAUGAACUACGUACCCAACAUCCUCUUCACUGACUUCUUCAAUGACUUCUCUCUAGCCAUCACCGGUCAAGAGUCUAAGUUCCCAGUGGCGGUACGUUCAGCCAUGCUCCAGCAGGUGUUUGAACGCGGGAACCUAUCAGACCGCUCUGUUAGCGACCAGGAAGUACUCACCUGGCUUCAGAGCAGGCUCCGCCCACUGCUGAUCAACCUGUCCCCGCUCCACGUCGCCCCCCUCUUCAGUGUGGUCGCACAGAGGAACUGCAACAUCGGACAGCAGCUGGUGGAGGUGCUGAACGCCACCCUCCCUACACUUCAGGACAACACACAGGGAAACAUCUACGAUCAAAUCACCCUCUCCCUCCAAGGCUCCUCCCCACUCCGUUGCUAUGGCGCAAACUACAACCACAGUUUCUAUGGUUACCUGGAGAGUUCCUUCCUGAGUUUCGGCUUCCCCAACCUGACCACCUUCCUCUCCCUCAUACCCCAUAGCCAGAUGGAACAGCUGGUGAACUCUCUGCCUGUCUCUGACCUGGGUCGUUUCCUGCGCCGCCCCAACGUUGUCGACGACGACACAAAGCUCUGCCAACUCUACAGCAACUACGCCAAGACCCCACUGUUCCUGGGGACUGAGAGUAUCCCUGAGUCAGUGAGGCGUCCCACACUGCCGUGUGUCUGGCCCCAGGCUCUCAGCAGCAGUCAGAGGUCAGAGGUCAACGCCUGGUUUGACCUGAGGCUGAAGAACUACCUGCCCUUCCUCACCAGGAGCCUGGUGACCUCCGCCGCUGUCAAGACCGCCCCUUGUCUGGCCUUCCAGAAACUCAUCUCAAUUCUGGGGAGUUAUAACUACAGCGCUGCAGACUUUGUGGAGAGAGAUGUGUACAGGGAGACCAUCAAGACGUAUCUCACCUCAGCCUCGGCUCCUAAGUGUUACAAUGCCAGUGAUCCAGAGCUCAGCUCAACUGCCUGGUUUGCUGAGAACAUCGGACUCUUCAUCACUUAUCUUACCUUGGAAGACCUCAACACCUUCGGAUCAGCACAGGUGUUGCAGGUGUUCACAGUGAACCUGGUGAACAUAGGUCUACUGAACUACACUAGCCUGCCCCAGAACCUCACUGACUACUACACAUCACUGGUCUACCUACAGGACAGCAACUUCAACCCUCUGUUUCUUCCUCUGUUGUUUCGAUGUGUGGCCCCAGGGCCGGCCUUCAGACAGCUGGACGCUGAGCAGAGCAUGAUCCUUCUACACAACCUGACUACACUGUGUACAAACCUGGACCCACAGGUGUCUGCAGCUCUAGCAGCUAACAUGGGAGAUAACAUAAACAGCAACACCAUCGCUGCCCUCGGCAGAGAGAGUACAGGUUUGUCUGAGGGUCAGAUCACCAUGGCACCCGCCAGCGUUCUGUGGGCCUCCUUCAGCAUUCUGAGCACUGUGAUUGGCUGGAACCAGGGCCAGGCCAUGGCCAUCAUCCAAUCACUGAUGCUGUCAGGGACCGUGAAGAUCAACAACGCAUCCACCUUGACAGCGCUGGGUUCCCUGGUGACCGGUGUUCCCUCGGCAACCUUAGGCAGCAUCAGCGGCACAGAACUCCUCUACGCGUCCCAGAAUCCCACAUUCAUAACAUACAUGCAGACCGCCCCGACAAUCUUAAUCCAGACUUUCGUCACUCAGCUGAUCACAGUGAACCCUAACCCAGACAGUAUUCUCCAGAACGUCCCAGACAGCAUGGCUACUGAGAUCCCCAGGUCCCUGCUGCAGGGCUUCUCUCAGAGCAGUGUAGAGAAACUUAACCGGAAGACAUGGAGACACGAACAGGCUGUGUUGUUCUUUGACACAGUGGCUCUAGGAAUUGACAACUCCGACAAUAUGUCAUCCAGCGUGCUCCAGGGCUUCACCUGCACCAGAGUGGCCAGUAUGACCACAACCAAGAUCAAGAACCUGGUCAAGGCCUGCAGGAGGAAGGGCAACAACAGGGUCGCACUGAGAGAGACUCAGUUGACCUGCAUGUACAACUACAUCAAGGAAGGGUCAGAUGUCACCAGCUACAACCUAUACCCUCCUGACAUGCUGCUUUACUACGACUACAGUAAGGUAUCUCAGGACACCUGUAAGGACUACUUCAGGGAGCUGGGAGACGCAGACGUCUCCGUGUUCUCCAACGCUCUCAGCUUCAAACGCACAGCCCUGGUUAACAAUGCCAAGACCUGCCUGGGUAUCAUCGGCACGGUUCUGAGCAGUGACAACCUGCAGGUCCUAGGUAACAUGGUGUGUGUUCUGGACGGUUCCUACAUCCAGAACUCUGACCAGCUCAUCCUGCAGAAACUACAGAACUGUAAUGACCUCACCGACGAACAGGUGGCUGCCAUAGAAACGCUGUUGACGUCUGGGAAUACACAGUACGGACUCCCAGCUACCUGGAAAAGAGAGACCCUGGACAACCUGGGCAUUCUACCUCUCUACCUGACAUCCUCCUUCUACAGGAAGUUCUCUAAGAAAGUAAAGGGCCAGUUCCUACAGUCAUUCCUGAAGGUGUUGAGAAAGAAUGGAACGUCCAGACAGAAGAAGAGGAGGAUGAAGACGGCUAUCAGACAGUCCAUCAUCGACCAAUCACAGUCCAAACGCUCCAUAGUGAGUGAAUGCACAGUGGGAAAUAUCACUCAGGUGACGAUCAGUGAGAGUACGUUCCCCUUCAACUACGAGACCGUGACCAAGUUCAACUGCUGCCUGACGGCCAAGACAGUUGUUGACAACCUGGACGCCAUCACCGCCAAGGUGGACGACCAGGAAUACCUUGAAGUGGUCCUGGCGAGACUCAGAGAGUUCUACUCCGCAAACUCCACCAUCCCAGAAGCAAAGGUGCAGGUUCUUGGGCCGGCUUCGCGCGUUGCCACGAAUGCUGACAUCACCAUGUGGAAUAUCACCAAGAUCGACACACUGUCAGCUCUGAUGGACUCCUCCUAUGGAAACUGGGAUGCUGCCAUGGCGCAGGCCAUCAUCAGUAAGUACCUGAGGAACUCAGGAAAUACUCUGGGCAGUGCAGAGCUCAACUCCAUCGGUGGACCCAACCUGUGUUCACUAGACACCAGCCUCCUGAAGACCAUUACACAGAGUAGCCUGAGUAAGGCCAAUGCCCUGACGGUGACCAACUGCAACAUAACGAAGAAGAGAACGCUGUUCAUCAUUGCUGAAGGAGCCUUCCAGAGCCGUAGUACUGUCUCUGCUACCUCCUACCAGCUAACACAGCCAUACAUAGGUGGUGCUGACUCAGCCUACGUCCAGCGUCUGUCCACCUCUAACAUUAAUAUGGACAUGGACACUUUCAUCAGCCUGGACCCUACUGUUAUACAGACUCUGGAUGUGAGCCAGGUCAAAGGUCUGCUGGGUUCUAACCUGCCAGAGCUGAAGAGCUAUGAGAACCAGAGCGUGGUCCAGACCUGGAUCAGCACCCGUUUCCAGGCCGACCUGGACUCCCUGGGGCUGGAUCUUAAGGGGGGCAAGGCUGACCCCACCACGGUUGGUGUGGGGACCAUCUUCCUUCCUAGUACCAAUGCAGUCACCACCGUGGCUGGAGGAGCUGGGCCAGUCACCACCGUGGCUGGAGGAGCUGCUACUACAGCGAGCGGCGGAGCGAUCAACAGACCAACGUUCGGCCUCCACCUUCUCCUCACCACUCUGGCCAUCGCUGUCCUGUACAUUCUACACUGAUUUAAACACUGAUUUCAGAGAUUUUAGAUUUCAGAGUGAGAGAGUUAACUGACGCCAUAGCAUCAAGUCGCAUUCGGCUCAGACAGGGAAAAACAUAAUGUAAAGUUCUCAAACAGGAAACAAAAAUGUAUACAUUUAGAGUCAGGUAGUGCCUUAGAUAUUGUAAAUAUCACUGAAUACAAGGAUAUACUGGACCUAUCAAAAAACUGUAAAACAAUCUAGCACUUUAGUCACGUCAAUGUUUCUGUUCUGACAAGGUCUUCACACCAUUUUAUUUAAGUGUAUUCACUUUGUAUGUUGUAUCUUCUGUCUUGUUGGUUGGAAUGUUGUUGGAAUUAACAAUUUUCUGUCUUGGUGGCUGGAAUGAAGUCUGUUCUGUCUUGGUGGUUGGAAUGUUGUUGGAAUGAACUAUUUUCUGUCUUGGUUGCUGGAAUGUUGUUUAAAGAAGUAUUUUUAGGGCUCUAUUCAGUCUGUAUAGCUGAAAUGUAAAGGUCAUUUCUUAUUGAGCCAACAUCUGCAGCAUUUACCGUGAAUGUAGUCUACACUACGGGAACAUGGCCUUUAAAUUUCAACCAUGCUGUAACGCUGAAUAGAGCCCUUUGUCUUUGCCUUCCAGUGAAAAUAUGAAGGUAUUUCAUUAGAUGACAAAGAAGUCUUGUGUUGGUGAUGUCGUCUUUCUGGGAGAGCCAUUUGUUUUAUCGGGGUUAGUAUCUCCAUACAGUACGCCAACACUUAUCUACCGAGCCAAAACGCUGUUCAAUGUCAUGACAACCAAUUCCUCUAGUGUAGAAUGAUUCUGUCAUUAGAAUGUCACUGUGCUUCUGUUCAUGUCAGCUCAAACUGUGGUCUGUCUUCUCAACGCUGCCGUUUGAUGAUACUAAAUAGCAGAUGUUGAACAUAUGAUUUAAUUAAUAAACAUAUAUAUUAUUGCACAAUCCCCCCCCCCCCCCACAAAAAAUGAUAUUUUAUUC